AUGAAAAGCAACGAGGAGCAGUCUCGCCGACCAAUCGAUGGGAAAGCCACCAUGAUCCAGGCUGCGGCUAGCAAUCCAGUCGUGACAGAGCCCACUGGUAUUAAACAAGCUGGGAUGGCCUCGUAUGUCAGUCAUGAUCCCGUUAGCAAUCCUCUAGCACUGCUUGUAGCUGCGUCCGGGGCCAUCCAGUCCGAAUCGAUAUCGGACACUCCGAUAUCCAACGUUGAAUCGACACAUGAAGGACCAUCACCGUCUUUGACGAGUAUCGGUGACAAGUUUCUUGAUCGGUCAGGAUACAUGCCACUAGGCCUACAAUUGAGCCGAGAUUCGUUACAAAGUGGACUACACGCCCUGUUUGCGGCCCCAACAAGUAAUCACAGAUGCACUGAUUAUUUUUGCCCUCCUGAUGAUGGUCCGCCGCGAGAUGUUGGCCCGGACCUGGACCCUGUUGAGUUAGGGCUAGUUUCAAUGGAGGAGGCUCACUACUUAUUUCCCAUUUACUUCAUGCGCUUACAUCCAGUCAAUGGUAUCCUCGACUCCAAACUACAUACCCCGGAGUAUGUGCGUUCUCAGUCAGCACUGCUGUUUACCUGGAUUCUCGCUCUCACAGCACAAUUCGACCAUGGGUCAGCAGCCAUUGCCAAGCGGCUACGUCUACAUGGCGAGAAAUUGUCCCAACAUGUUCAUACGUCCGGGUUCAAGUCAGUGGAAAUCGUUCAGGGGUACUACAUUUCACUUUUGUCGGCCACGCCGGCGAGAACGUUGUCGGAAGAACGAUCCUGGUUGUAUACCAUGUAUGCAUUUGGCGUAGCGGCGGAACUGGGGCUGGAUCAACCGUCCUAUACACAUACCAUCGAUGGCAUCUAUACCCCCAAGUGCACACCGCGCGCAUCCACUGACCAUGAGAUCGAAGACCAAACACACCUCGAACGCCUAGUUCGCAAUCGGGAGAGAACGUGGCUGCGUAUCCUGCUCUGGGAGCGAGCGAACAGCAGUGCCUCUGGCCGAAUGAAUGCCAUCCCCGAAACCAACCUCACCAGCAAUAUUGAACGCUGGUGGAUGCAUCCGCUUGCCGACUCGACGGACAAACACACGGUUGCUUUUAUCCUCCUCCGUCGCCACCUGGCGUUUUUACACGCGGAACUACAGCGACAGAAAGUAAUGACACAGGCCAAUCCCCAUUGGGUGCGCGAUCUCAUCGAUGCCACUUUAGAACCGUGGCGGGAGACAUGGGUCUAUACCAUUGCCCCAUCUUCAGAACCACUACCAGAUGUGCACCUCCAUCACGUGUACCUCCAUAAUAGAUUAUGGACAUUGUCAUUCGCCCUCCAGGCAUCUAUCAGUAAUAACCAUGAUCCCAACGCUAUCCGCCAGGACUGUUUUCAGGCUGCGGUGCAUUGUUGCGAAGUCGCCGUGAGCAACCUUGAACAGGUCGGGGAGCCGCUAUACUGUAUGCUUGCUCCAACCUGGGCAAUGAUCUCCUACGCAGCUAUUCUCGCCCUAAAGCUCCUCCCCUGUCUAUAUGAUCCACGGUCGGGGUGCGAGAUAGAACUUCUCGCAUUACUGGCACAGGUUGCACUCCAGCUCGAACGCGCCGGGACGACACCAUCACACCGAUUUGGAAUUGCUGCGAUAUUAGGCCGGCAAUUAUUGAUGAUCCUACGCACGCGAGCAGCCAGACUGGCUCCCGCAGCUCCUAUAGCAGAUACCUACCACGAUGAUAAUGAUAGCGGCGCACGAAGCUGCUCACAUCCUCUCCUAGGCGAACGCUCGUUAAGCACUAAUGACGCAACGGGUGUGUCGCCGGAUACACAUAACCAGGAUCGGCUGGUAUCACCGUAUGACCCCUGCUUAGCGACCGCUUCCAUGGGGAUGGAUAGCGACUUCAUGGACGAUGGAUUCGCGGAUUUAUUUCGCGAGAUAUUCGGCCCCAGCUUUGGUGAGGUUUUUUAG